CUUCCCAGUGAGGCGUUCAGGGAGCCGCUCAGACUCACUGCCUGUCGAAGUGUGAGCAGCAGGAGGGGAAAGUUGGUGUGUUGGAAGAAACCACCCAGACCCAGUCCUCUGCAGCGGUGUCCAGCUGUGCUGUUGUGAGCUUUUUAUUUUUUUUAACCAUGCAUGUGGAGCAGCUGAUCGUCGGAGCGAAAUGAUUAACCUGAAAGCAAAGAAGGUUGUUCCUCCUUCUCUUUAAAGCCCGAGUGUUUGUUGUUGUUCAUUCAUCUUCAACCAUGAGCACCCUCCAGCAGCUGAGCACCAUGGCCUUCCUCAUGAAGAAGAAGAAGUUCAAGUUUCAGGUGCACUUCACUCUGGAGGAGCUGACAGCGGUGCCUUUUGUGAACGGAGUGCUUUUCUGUAAGAUCCGCCUGAUUGAUGGUGGGGACUUUGCCAUCUUAUCGUCCAGGGAGGAGGUGCAGCAGAACUCCGUCCGAUGGAGGAAGAAGUUCUCCUUUGUGUGCAAGAUGAGCGCCAAUCCGAUCAGUGGAGUGUUGGACCCCUGCAUCUGCAGAGUGUCUGUACGCAAGGAGCUCAAAGGAGGAAAGGCCUUCUCAAAGCUGGGUUUUGCUGAUCUCAACAUUUCCGAGUUUGCUGGUUCAGGCUCGACCGUCCGCUGCUGCAUCCUGGAGGGCUAUGACACCAAAAACACUCGGCAAGACAACUCUAUUCUCAAGGUAACAAUUGGGAUGACCCUUCUGUCGGGGGAUCCCUGCUUUAAAACGCCUCCCAGUACGGCCAAAUCCAUUUCCAUCGGGGAUGAGGACCCCAACCUGCAGCUGGACUGUAAGGGGGAGAGCACUGACGCCACUUUGCAGCCACCAGGGGGCAUCAUGGAGGGACCUCGGUCCUUCAAACCCCGACAGUCAUCAGUGCGCAGCUCAGGGCUGCCCGAGGAGGGAGGGAGUGUCUCCAGUCCGGAUGAAGUCUUUCAGAUCGGUCAUUUUCGCAGCUCCAGCUACGCCAGCCAGCACAGCAAGAUAUCAGGUUACAGCACCGGUCACUCUCGCUGCUCCAGCCUGAACGAUCUCAGCCACCACAGGAACACCUCCUCCAGCAGCGGCGCCUCCUGCGGGCUCGGCCACCCCUCUCAGCCGCUUCCCUCCACCCCCACUGAGCCGCACCGCCAAGCGACCCCCACCAAGCCAGAGAGACCUCCUCCUCCCUCUGCUGUGGCAAUCUUGUCUAACAGAUCCUCCAGGAGGAAGAAGGAACCCGUGGAGAAGCAGCCCAGCUGUGUGGACGACACCCGCAUCGAUGCAGACGCUAUCGUGGACACGAUCGUAAAGAGCCAGGACUUUGACAGCAGCAACAACGAAGACAGCAACUUGAGAUUGUUUAUCAGCAAAGACGGGACCACAGCCCUCAGCGGGACGCAUCUCGCCAACAGAGUAACUCCUGGCAUCUUUGAGCCGGUGGUCAUCGAGACUCACUGAUACCCACGCUCCUCUCGCCUCAUUGCCGUCUCUCUGACAUCCAAUUGUCUCCGUGCGUGCAAACAUGUGCACAAAACUUCAUGUGUGAUCACCGUGGUGCAGAUGUUGAGCUUUCUAGUGUUUUUAAUCAGGUGGUGGGACGGGUGUAACACACGGGUACAGUGUUUUCUCAGACAGUAGACUGAUUUUAACCUGUUUUUAACCUCUAACAAAGGUCAUCAUUUCUAAUUUUACUGGUUUUAAGCACUUUUAAAACUGCUCCAGCCUGCAUCUGUGUGUCGUGUUAUGUUACAGCUCUUUUGGUUAGACUGUGCCCUCUGUUUUAAAGUAAAAAUCUUCCUCGUGGAGUAGCCUGUCUUUUAGCGGCGGAAGCCUCUAUUUUGCGUUUUCUGCAGGAAGUGUUGAUCAGGUUUAAAUGUGAUGUUGAAGAGCUUGAUGAGUACCAGGGGGAAGCAUGCACAGAAAUCAGUAAUUCAUGCUCUCAAAGAAACUAGGUUAAGGGUCUAAAUCUACAAUUUAACCUGUAAACCCAGCAGUCAAACUGUAACAAAAAUGGCAGUGAGGCAGUUAUAAAAUAACUACAAGCAGAUCCUGAAAACAGCUUCCAAAUGACAACAGUUGGACGUAAAACAUGAAAUGAGAUCCAAGCAACCCCAAAGAGAUUUGAAAUAAAACAUAAAGAGACAUAAAAUGACCAUACUAAGCAAAAAUGUAAAAAUUAAUAACAAUGCUAAAGGGUCUGAAACUGCUAUAAUCAGCUGCACAGUCACAUAAAACAGCCUGAGAGACACAAAGACGUAUCCUGAUUCCUACGUCAGGCUUGUGCUCAGAGGCGCGUUUUCUCAUAAUCCGUCCAUGAGUGCAGUGCAGCAGCAAGGGAGACCUAACAUAUACGAAGCCAUGGAAAAUCUCAAAGUGAGCCACUUGCAUUCAGACAGAAUUCACCUAUUAAACAUUAAUCAGUGACGCUGACAUUCGAGAAAACCUGUUUAUGUUUUCUUCACUAUGCUGGGAGCAUCAAUUACUAAUUUGUGUGUUCAGGUUAGUUUUUAUUUUUCCCUUCUGUGACUUCAGGACUUUUUCAGUUUUUCACUCUGUUGUUCGGCUUGUCUUCUUUUCGCUACACUGGGUGUGUUUCAGACGAGUCCCCGAGGACGUCUGUAAAAGUUGCUGACUCUGUGACAUAAUCAGUCACUGAACACUGGUACCAGUGAGAAGCACACCCAGUCAACCUCUGACCAGGGCUUCGUGCACACAUUACUUGAACAACACCUUAGGAACCACUGCAUUCUGGGAACUGUAGUGCGACACUGAAACAAGGGUGCUUCUGUCAGCUGGUUGGGAGUUUAGAGUUUCUGAGAAAAUACAGGACAGAAGAUAAAGUCAGACUGUGAAAGCUUCCCUUUAACCAGUGGACAGAUUUAUGGUUUAGUGUUAGGUUGUAUUUUAGCCACAUGCUAAAUAGAUAUAUUUUCAACUUUCAGAUAAAGUGUCAUACUUGCAAGGAUGUAUUAGGGCUAUUGGACAUGUGGAAAGAGUAUGAGGCUGCGUGAGGUUUGUCAGGGGUAAAAUUCAGAGGUAAAAAGUGACAAAUGUAUGAGACCAAACUGAAAAAUUUACAGGACAAAAAUGGCAAAUUUGAGAAAGAAAAAGUAGGAUAGAUUAACAACAAGCUGUCCAAUUUACAAGAAUUAAUCUGGGAAAUUUUGGAGAAAAAGCAGGCAAAAACUAGAGCAAUCUUGUCAAAUGCAAUAGGAUAAACGGGCAGAUUUAUGGGGGAAAAAUUAACAAACUUCUGACAGAUUUAAAGAAAAAAACAUCAAAUUUAUUGAGAAAAACAAUAACAAAUGGUGAUCUUUAGUCAAGGAUACAUUUUGCUUCAUUUUUCAAGGUUAAGUUUGAAAAAUUCACCAACAGCAUCACAUAUUAAUGUAAAAGCAAAUCGAUCUACACCCUUGUCCCCGAGCGCUUGUCCUGCAGGUUUUUCCUCUGAAUUUUACACCCCUUACGUUUUUGUCCCUUCAGUGCUUUCAAUACGUCCCAUUUCAUUUCUGUGUGAGAAGAAAUCGAUGCUUACUUAACCCUGGAUAGAUUUGGUAGAGUAAAUUUGAAGGAAGUCAUGAACAACAUGUAGAGGCAGUAAACAGGAGCUGAAGCAUCACUUUCACCCCUGUUAUGACGCGAUCUCGUCAAUAUUUCUGCCUUUGGAUUUGAUGAGGACCCAAAAGUCCCCGAGAGACGCUCUUCGUUCAGGCUGAGCAAAAAUCAGCCUGGAACUGAAACUAAAGCUUUUGUCCUUUUAUUUUAUUUUAAUGUUAUUUGAUCACUGUGUUUUUACUUAUUUACACUGUUUUGCACAUGUGAACUCUCCGAGGCGAAUUAGAAACCACUAAAAGGAAAUAGAGGUGGCACAGUUGUCCGAAACAACAUGAAAUCUUCUGUUUUUAAAUUUCUUAUUUCAUCUGUGUUGGCUUAAUGCCCACAGAGCCUAUGUUCAUAUGGCUGGCCAUAUGUAACCAUCCAUCCUCUGCACUUACUAAGUACUUAUUAACUUUUUAAAUUCCAAUGAUCUCAUAAACCUGUCAUAAAUGUGAGGUUUUGUGGGGCCUUUACUUCCUUUCUCAGCCACAUUUUAUUUCCAAUGUUGGCCUUUCUCUGAUAUUAAGUACACACAAAUAAGCUGAAUCCAGAAUGUGUGCAUUUUAAGGCAGGAGAUUUUUAUUGAGGGCCUGCUCUGCUCCACUGGAGCUUUUAAUGGUACUAGCCCCUCAGUUCAUCCACUCUCUAAGAGAAAUAGUUUAAGCACCUGUCUCUUUAUAAGAACCCUCUUGUUAUAAGCCAACUUUCCAAUGACUGGUCAGCUUCUGGAAGCCUGCAGCGGAGCAAAUCAGGGUUUCUGAGAUGUAUUGUCUAUUUCAUGCAAAACUGACAUCAGCACAUCAUGAGAGCAGAAUGUUUUUGCUCACAUGAACUACUCUUAUCAGUGUUUACCUCAUUUUUGUAAAAUAUGUAACAUUAUAAUAUUAUAUAUUUAACAGAAAGUAAAAAAUAAACCCUUUUUAACAACAAGUGACAUCACAACAAGCUAAGAAAUUGAUGUUAGCAGGCAAAAUGACUAUAAUCACAAUAUUAGCAUUGCCUAUUUUUGCAUCCAUCCAUUUAGGUGCUCAUUCACCUUUGGAACCAUAAUCAAUGUCGUUUUACUUGCUCAUUGCCUGCCAUCGUUCUGGCUUCACACUGACAAACAAAGCAGUGUUUUUACCAAAAAGAUUAACUUCAGUCAGAACUCUGCAUUUUGUAGCUUUGGGCAGUUUAGGUUUUAUGAAUGUGCUGCAACAAGGAAAAUAAAACUCCUUUUUCCUCAUUGCUUUUGCAAGGCUUGUGCAGACUUAGCGUGUUGAGCUAGCAGUGAUACUGUGGGCCGGUGUUGGCUGUAGUGAGGUCAGUCCCACAGCUGCAGCAGCACAAAGCCUCUGUUGUGCGAGUACUGACAGUAUACAAUAGAUCUUCACCCCCCCACAGGACUCAUUUGUGCAUUUGUGAUUAUGUUCAUGCUGCAAGAUGUGCAUGCGGGCCAUGCAUCUCUGACUGAUAUGAAAGGAUGUACUGUAUAAUAGACAGUUUUUUUAAGCUUUCUGGUGCAUCAAGUCAUGCAAAAGUAUAAGUAAGUUGUAAGCAAGUACUGGAUACUUGGGACAUCUAGAGUUUUGUUAGGUUCACUACUCCUCAAAAGUUUAGGAUUGCUUAGAAAAGUCCUUCUUUGCUGAAAAUAAAGUAGAUUUCUUUUUUAUUUAAUAUAACAUAAAAUUUAUGUUAACUAUUUUAAAUAAAAAUUUGUGAUUAAUGAAACUGUUAAUUAUAAACCCUCCGAUAUUGUGUUAACCAUUGGAAGUUUAUCAUAUUAAAAAGCCUACUAAUCAUUAUAUAAAGCCAUUAGGCUCUGGAUGUUAUCCACAGCUUUCAUAAUUUGUAGUAUAUGGAAGCUUGUUUCUGCCACUGAAAGAAUAAGUUCUUUUCUCAGAUGUUUGGCUAGGAACUUAGAUUUUUUAGAUAAUAACCUGAAAUUUUCACUUAAUCUGGCAAAAACCGUUUUUGUUUUUGUGUUUAUUUUCAAUAAUGGGACAGGCAGAGCUACAGGCAGACAUUUUCAUGCAGCCAUGCGUACUACUCCCUCCACAGAACACAGUAACUGGCUGUCACCAGAAAAGAAAGAGGUUCACAACUGACAAAGUCCAUAAGGUGUUCAGAUUGCAGCUUCAUUAGACGGUAACCAUAACAGUCAGACUGGGUUUAUUAAUGAAGGGAGUAGUACACACUGUUGCAUUAUGUAACAGUCUGUCCUAGAGAAAUGCAUGUAUGAUACAUUAAUUUUUUGAAGCACUUUUCUAAGGGAUCCCCAACUUUAACCUGUACUAUUUAAUAAUUAUACACCUACCUUUAUCGCCAUAUUUUCCAUUUGUCAUUGUUGUGUGUGUGUGUAUGUAUGUAUGAAAUGUGUGAUGUGGUAACCAUAUAGUCUGUUUUCCUUUUAUUUCCAGACCAGCAGGCUGGUCUGCAGCACAGAUCUGCGUGUAAAAGCUUAUAUUUUAUGGUAAGAUGUGACUAAACAGUAAUUAUUUACAGUGCAGCCUGGCGUUACUGGGGAAAGUGUGCAGUAAAGGGAUCUGUCUGCUACUGUGAUUUCUUCUAGAAAUACUUACUCUUUCUUUGUACUUGACCAUAUGUAACCUUGUGAUCUUAUUAAGCAAUUUCUCCGUGUGGUGAAAUGUUUUUUAUUAUUAUUAUCAUUUCUGAUGAUUUGAAAUUAAAUUGUUGGGGCCAGGGUUAUAUUGCAGUGGUAGCUGUGGUACUGAUUUAACAAGAUGGGGUUUGGUAAAGGGAAUAUAUACUUCACAAAACAUUUUCCACCAUAUUUUAAAAUGUAUUUAUAUUAAAGGUAAAAUCACUAAAUGUGUAGAAAUAUAAUAAAUGCAUAUAAAAUAUCUAAUAUAAGCAUUAAUGUUGGGUGAAAAUAAUUUUGUUGAAUAAACUGGUGCAUUUCUGGAUUUUUGAGAAUGAAAAAUCAGUUGGUUUUUUUUGUUUUCAAAUGCUUUCUAACUCCAUGCACAAAUAUUUUCACUCCUUGUGUUAAAAUAUUGGGAAAUAUUCCAAGAAUAACUACAAUGUUAAUAAAUGUUAAUAACUACAUGUGAACGGAGGAGUUGUGAUGAACAUGAAAACCAAAUAAACUGUCAAAGUCUG